AUGGCACCCACCAACGUCCCUCCCACCACCGUCCCCAAGAGCAACAAGCUCCACUCAAAAGUCGUGAUCAUCGGCUCCGGACCUGCAGGGCACACAGCAGCCAUCUACCUUGCCCGCGCGAACCUCCAGCCGGUCCUCUUCGAGGGCUUCAUGGCCAACGGCUUCGCGGCCGGCGGUCAGCUCACCACUACAACCGAUGUCGAGAACUUCCCCGGCUUCCCCUCAGGCAUCCUCGGGCCCGAGCUCAUGGACAAGUUCCGCGCACAGUCGCUCCGCUUCGGCACGCAGAUCAUCACCGAGACCGUCGCGAAGGUCGACCUCUCCGCGCGCCCCUUCCGCUAUUGGCGCGAGUUCCAGGAGGACCAGGAGCCCGAGACCGCGGACACGCUCAUCCUCGCUACGGGCGCGAGCGCGAAGCGGCUCCACCUCAAGGGCGAGGACAUCUACUGGCAGAGCGGCAUCUCGGCGUGCGCGGUGUGCGACGGCGCGGUGCCGAUCUUCAGGAACAAGCCGCUGGCGGUCAUUGGUGGGGGCGACUCUGCGGCCGAGGAGGCGACUUACCUGACGAAAUACGGCUCGCACGUGUACGUCCUCGUCCGCCGCGGCGAGUUGCGCGCGUCGAAGAUCAUGGCAAAGCGCCUGCUCUCGCACCCGAAGAUCACCAUCCUGUGGAACACGGUCGCGGUCGAGUGCCAGGGCGACGGCGACCUGCUGAACAACCUGCGGAUCCGCAACGUGCUGACGGGCGAGGAGAAGGACCUGGCCGUGAACGGCCUGUUCUACGCGAUCGGGCACGAGCCCGCGACGCAGCUCGUGCGCGGGCAGCUGCAGACGGACCCCGACGGGUACAUCGUCACCGUGCCCGGGACGACGCAGACGAGCGUCAAGGGCGUGUUCGCGGCGGGGGACGUGCAGGACAAGCGGUACCGCCAGGCGAUCACGAGCGCGGGGAGCGGGUGUAUGGCUGCGCUCGAGGCGGAACGGCUCAUCGCGGAGGAGGAGGAGGGCAUCGAGGACUGA